AGUGUAGUAUCUGUUCUUAAUAGUUUAACCACUAUUAUGAGGGCACCGCCCUCAUUCUUUGGUUAUCAAAUUUUUGCCGCCCUUGUCCUCUCGAGCUCUGCUUGCAACUUGAGGGGUGUGAUGACCUUGCUACUGCACUACUGGCUUGCGUCGUCGGGGGUUCCUUUUUUGGAGUUCUUUGUCUCUUUGUCCCGUUUGGUUACUUGGUGGUCUCUUGACUACUUAUGACCCUUGACAAACAGAUCAUGCAACUUCUUUUUGUAUAUCUUUUUACAGCUGUUUGUAAAAAGGUUGACAGUAGCGACAUUUUGAGAAAAGAACAACAAAUAAAUAAUAGAUUAAUAGCCACAUAUAUACAUCACAAAUUGACCAUCAUGUAUCGGAAAAUCAGUCACGACUAGCCGCAAUUAAUCUUCACAAGCAUCAACACCUUGCACUCGAAGACAUUCUUG